AUGGAUGGAAUUCGAACACGGCAAGAGGAACGCGCACAUUUGCGAAAACUGAUUGCCGAAUGGAACGCAUGCCGCUUAGACAUCUUUGCAAUCAGCGAACCCGAUGAGGAAUUAGUGUACCGCGGAGUGAUGCGGUUUUAUUUUCAAGAUGCAGGAGCAAAAAUGUCCACGAAAUGUGUCCGCGUUACCAGCACGGAAACAGCCGACGAUGUUACGAGAACUCUAGUGGAAAAGUUUCGCCCGGAUAUGAAGAUGCUUUCUAAUCCAAAUUACUCUCUCUUCGAGGUUCAUCCAAGCGGAGAAUCCAGGAAGCUUUUGAAAGAGGACAGGCCUUUGUUCGUGCAACUGUUAUGGCUGCAAGGUGACAGGGAAGGGCGAUUUCUACUGAAAAGUGAUCAGGAAGCCUUAGUAACUACAAAUGUUUUCUCUAGUGAUGGUGACCUUGAAGCUGGUCAAAAUUUCAAGAGGAAGUUGUCAAAAAGAGAGAAAAAGGAGCUCAAAGAGAAAAGGAAAGAGGAAGCAAAGAAAGCUAAAAUCUUAGGUCAACCUUCAUCUCCUACAAAAACUAAUGAUGAUUCUGCUCUUGCACAAAUUCUUUACGAUGAGUUGCCUGAAACCAGUUUUACGCGGAGCAUUUCAAAUCCAGAAAUAGUCAUGAAAAUGCGCCGUCAGCGAAAACUGGAGCGCAGACUUCAAGAAUUUCAAAGUAAUGACGGAGGGACAGACAGUGGAGGCACACUGAAAAUCUUUGCAGAAACACUCAAGCCUCAGAUUCCUUACAAGACUCUUCUUGUUUCAAUGCGUGAUCCUACAACGCAUGUUGUCAAAGAAGCAUUGGAAAAAUAUGGCAUGGAAAAAGAAAAUCCUGAAGAGUACUGCCUAGUUAUGGUCAACAUACCAGCUGGGGGUGUAACUGGAGGAGAUACAAUUGGAAAAGAAAGAGUUGUUCAUGAUGAAGAUAACCCAUUGGCCAUUGCUGCAACUUGGCCUCAACAGCAAGGCCACGUUGUCUUCCAUUUACGUCGCAGGGCAAACUUGCCUCAGUAUAGAAAACAAAAGAGAAGGUCAAAGUCUCCUUCGAGGGUACCCAUGGAUAGCACAUCAGAUAAAGCAAUAGGUGAAAGAUUGGCAAAUUCAUUUCCAGAACAUUUGUUGCCCUAUCUUUGA